AUGGUGGCGGCGGCAGUACAUGAGCCGGAGGUGAUCCGCGACAAGGCGGCGAUGAACACAUGGUCAUGCCGCCGCCGCGUGGAGGGAAAGGUUGUCGCUUUAGUCCCCACAAUGGGCUUCCUCCAUGAGGGUCACCUCUCGCUUCCGUCUCCAGCGGCAGCGGCGGCCUCCGCCGGCCCUGUCGCCGUCGUGGUCUCCAUCUACGUCAACCCCAGCCAGUUCGCCCUGACCGAGGACCUUGCCACCUACCCCUCCGACUUCGCCGGUGACCUCCGCAAGCUGGCCGCCACCGGGGUCGUCGCCGCAGUCUUCUGCCCCCCGGACCUCUACGUCCGCGGUAGCGCUGACCGCCCCUCUGCGGCCGGCGUGUGUGCGGGGCACGGUGUCAUGCCUGGAGGGCGCCGGUGGGCAUGCACACGCGAGGCGUGGAUUCGGGUGGAGCAGCUGGAGAAGGGCUGUCGCGGAGCAGCAGGCCGUUUUCUUCCAAGCGUGGCCACCGUGGUCGCCAAGCUGUUCAACAUCGUGGAGCCGGACGUCGCUGUGUUCGGGAAAAAGGAUUAUCAACAGUGGCGCCUCAUCUGCCAGAUGGCGUUAUCAAUUAGUAGAUCACUGGUGGAUGCUAGAACCGCCGCCCUCAGUGGAAGCAAUCAUAGCCAACAUAUAAAAGAUCAAAUAGUGCAGAUACUUGCUGAAGCUGGUGGCCAGGUUGACUAUGUUGAGAUUGUGGAGCAAGAAAGCUUGGUGCCUGUGGAGAGGAUGGACCGGCCUUGUGUAAUUUGUGUUGCGGCGUGGUUCGGAAAGGUCAGGCUAAUUGACAAUAUCGAGAUCCAGUCGACGUCCUCUGAUAAAUAUAACUCCGUUGUUUGUCUAUCUGCUGAGUCUUGA